CCCCGGAGGAGGGACCCGGAAGCAGAAGCGGAGCCGCGAGUCGAGCCGAGCCGCUGCCCCCGCUGCCCGCCGGCGCCGGGUGGGGGUCCCGGCGGCUGGAUGGGCAGCGGCGGCGCGGGCCGCGGGUGGCGAUGGGCGAGGAGCAGAGCACGGUGAGCGGCGGCGGGCCGCAGGAGGCGCGGGCCCCCGCUGGCGGCGCCACGGGCCACCCCGAGCCCCCGAGGCCGCGGGGGGACAGCGCCGGGGAGCCCGGGCCGCGCGCCGCCUCCGCGGAGCCGAGCGGCGGUGGCUGCGGAAGCGACUCGGGCUGCGCGGACACGAGCGCCCCGGAGCCCGAGAGGAGCCGGUGGGGCCCGGACGGGAGGAGGAGCCGAGCGCCCGGGCAGCCCGCGGGACUGGCACUUACCGGGCCCCUCAACCCCCAGACUUUGCAACAGCAGCUGGAAGAGGAGAAGGAAGCUGGGGACCGAAACGAGGGAGGGGAUGAACAGCAGGACGCGCCCCCAGGCGAGGAGCCGGAGCCCAGGACCCGCGUCGGGGCCGCGGACGAUCUGGUCCUGGACGUGCUGGGGCAGCGGCGCCCAAUCCCCGCCAAGAGACAAGUUUUUUGCUCGGUGUUCUGCGUGGAGAAUGACCUGCCCGAAGCCCCCACCGCGGAGCAGCUCUCGCCGCCCGCGUCUUCACCUCGGGCUCAGCCGGUGACGAACGCUCCCAGCACCCCCACCUCCUUCCCCAGCCCCCGGCUGUCCCUCCCAACAGACCCCCUGUCCCCCGACGGCGGCAGCAUCGAGCUGGAGUUCUACCUGGCGCCCGAGCCGUUCUCCGUGCCCAGCCUGUUGGGAGCUCCACCCUACUCUGAUCUGGGUGGGGUAGGGGAUCCCUACGUGCCCCUCAUGGUGCUGAUGUGCCGGGUGUGCCUGGAAGACAAGCCCAUCAAGCCUUUGCCCUGCUGCAAGAAGGCCGUGUGCGAGGAGUGCCUCAAAGUCUACCUGAGCUCCCAGGUACAACUUGGCCAAGUAGAAAUCAAAUGCCCUAUCACAGAAUGUUUUGAAUUCCUGGAAGAAAGAACGAUUGUCUUUAACUUAACCCAUGAAGAUUCCAUCAAAUAUAAGUACUUCUUGGAACUUGGCCGUAUUGAUUCCAGCACCAAGCCAUGUCCUCAGUGCAAGCACUUUACAACCUUCAAGAAAAAAGGACAUAUCCCCACCCCUUCCAGAUCAGAAAGCAAAUACAAAAUCCAGUGCCCCACGUGCCAAUUCGUCUGGUGUUUUAAGUGCCACUCUCCUUGGCAUGAAGGUGUUAACUGCAAGGAGUACAAAAAAGGGGACAAAUUGUUGCGUCACUGGGCCAGCGAAAUUGAGCAUGGACAGAGAAAUGCCCAGAAGUGUCCAAAGUGCAAGAUCCACAUCCAGAGAACUGAAGGAUGUGACCAUAUGACCUGCUCACAAUGUAACACUAAUUUUUGUUAUCGAUGUGGGGAAAGAUACCGCCAGCUCCGUUUCUUUGGAGACCACACAUCAAACCUCAGUAUAUUUGGCUGCAAAUAUCGCUACCUCCCAGAGAGACCUCAUCUAAGGAGAUUAGUGCGAGGGUCGGUCUGUGCUGGAAAAUUAUUCGUUGCACCUCUAAUCCUGGUCUUGGGAUUAGCACUAGGGGCCAUAGCAGUUGUAAUCGGUUUAUUUGUAUUUCCUAUCUAUUGCCUUUGUAAAAAACAGAGAAAGCGAUCACGGACAGGAAUGCACUGGUAAAAUGCGGAUGAUUUCGUGGAACGCAGCCGGUGCGGAUAGGAGCCACACAGAAUGGCACGCUAAACACUGCGUCCCGUCCCGUCCCGUCCCCCUGUGGUUGUCUGCAGGCCACAACACGUCUGGCUCUAGUGCAGUCUCUACAUGGUAUCCUGAUUCCUUUCCUUAUACAGUUUGCUGCUUUUAAAAAAAUGGUCACUUUCAUAGACUAUCAAUGUCUGUAUCAUAACUCUGAACUUCUUACUGGUUCUUGGAAGAAAAUAUUUUCAUUAAGAGCCAGUUAUCCUCAGAAUUGUCUGAGCAUGCCUCUCCUGAGCAUUGUUUGGAUGGUCUUUGUACCUAAACCUCCUUCCAGACCCUCUUCUGAGACUUGGGGUGAAUAGCUGAAGUCAUGCCACCUGUACAAACAAGCAAGGCCACUUUUCAGAAGACAAAAGCUCACCAUAUGCACCUGUUUUUAUCUGUGGCCUGUGCAGUAUAAUUCCUUCAUCCUUCAGAUGCUAUAAUUGUUAAAAAUCUCAAUGCCCAAAAGGGAACUAGUGAAACAAAAUUAAUGAGAAGAAUCAUGAGUUACUGAAGUGUAUCUGUGCAGGGGUGUGAGCGUGUGUGUAUAUAAGUAUCUAUAUUAAAAGUAGGUCCAAUAACCUUGUACUUGUCAAGUUCUAUGCCUCUACCCUAUUUUCCAUAUUUUCAUAGACAUAUUUAAAGAUGAGCGUUCCUUUCUGGGCAUAUUUUGGUAAUGGACUGAAUUAAAGUCAAUGUAGACAACAGGCUAUUUUGAUGUUGACCCUUCCUAUUCCUUGCUCUCUCUCUCUGUCUCACACACAUGCACUCACACAAGAAAUUUGUGCAAUGUCACGUUGAGGAUCAUCAAACUUUAUUAACUGACGAAACUGAUAGGCUGCUUUUAGGAAAUUCUCAAGACCAGAACGUUCAGUCUUUGUGGAUUUUUUAUAUCUUGGCAUACAUGCUUUACUAAAUGAACAAAUUCUUCAGACAGGAUUAGUUAAUUUAAAAAACGAAUUUGUUGUAGCAAGAACUGCUUAAGCCUUUAAACAAAUCACUGUUCUGCUAAUUUUUUAAUCAACUUGUAAUUACAGAUAAUUCCGCUUUAGGUCAAGUUGUGAUAGUGUUGGAAACCCCAUGCUCUUACCUGUCCUCUCUCUUUCUCUCUUUUUUAUCUGUCCCCAAGAUUUUCAUUAAAAAAACCAGAGUUUUGAAGGGUUUUUCUUAUGUUUACUGAUCAAAUAUUCUCAAACAUGUUGAUAUCUUCUUAUGGAUGGAGUAAUUUGUAAACAGAUUUUUGUGUUCAUGGGUUUAUCUAAAAUAGAAACAACUUUUGGAAAAAUGAAGGAAAUAUCUUCAGGAAGUUUUACCAAACCGAGACGUCUUUAAAAAUAAGAAAAGGACAAGCAACUAAACUAUGUUAUUCCUUUGUUUUCAUCAUGGAAGUUCAUCAGCAGAUCGGAAGUAAAGACCGCUAAGAAGCCUGAAGUUUCCACCUGACUCCAAAUCCUUAAAAUCAGCUAUCUGCAUAGAUGUAGCAUUUAUCUCUCAGCAGCCUUAUCUGAAUGGUAAUAAAUUCUGUGAUAAAACAUGCAUUAACAUGGAUAGUUUGUCUUGUUGGGCUCCAAAAUAGAAAAACGUUUAUCAUUUUUAUCAGACCUAAAAAGUCCAUGAUAGUGAAGGUUACUUGCAUGGAUAAUGAGCUAGCACACUUCCAUUCUUUCUGAAUAACGCUCAGGCUUGCUAUACUGCAGUUUCUGGGCUAGUCUACAUUCAGUUAGAGGAGGGUGUGCCAUUUAUGAUCCUACAAUGGCCUGUUUCUAAACAUGACACGAUGCAAGGAAAAGUGAUGCUCUAAUUUCAUAAAUUCAUCUUACCAUUCAUCCAUCCAGCCAACAAAUAUUUUUGAGUGCCUAUUCUAUGUGCUCUAGUAUUAAAACAAGAGAAUGAAAAUUUCUAUCCUAAAUCCAUGUAAUUCUGUCAUUAGAGUGCUUAAUUUUUGUAAACUUGUUUUUUUCUGGACUUAGGUGUUAGUUUGACAAUAUGUGAAUGCAAUGAAUUCUAAAUCUAGUGGAUAUGCUUAUGUAUGAUGUGUAUGUAUAUGUAUAUGUAAAUAUACAUGGACACAUAUCUAAUAUUUCCAUAGCUGCAUAUAAAUACAAAUGCCACAUGCAUAUAUACCAACUGGCUAAAUAAUAUACUCUCUGGUCUUAGAUAAUCUAUUUUCUUAGGUUAUUGUAUAUCUUGUCUUUGAUCUACUCAGGGAUUUUUAUUCCUUCCUUUGAAUAACUUAUCUUUUGGAGAUACUUUUAUAUUAUUUAGAAACGUUCCAAUUUUCCAGUUACAACGUGAUGUCUUUCAUCAGUGAAGGCUCUUUCAUCAAUGCUUGAGAUACUGUACACAGUGUUGCACAGGAUUUUCAUUGUUCUAUUGCAUAGAUUUCUUAAAUUAAUGUAUGCAUUUUUCUCUUUCAAAGUUGGUAUAUAUUAGGCCUUUCCCUGAUAGUGACUUAAAGUAAUAAUUUGUGAAUGUUUUUACUAAGUGUCAUCAAGAUCUUAAAAAGAAAGAAGAAAAUAAGAAGGAUUAUGUAUAUGUUAGUGCCAACAAUGAAAGUUAAACAGUAGUAACUUUUGGGAUAAAUUCUAAAAGCUACAUUAGAAAAAGAAGCAUACACAUAAAAUAAGUAUCGUUCUAUCCAAAGCUUGUCAUUUUUUUAUUGUAAAUGUAAUAUAUAUGCCUUUUAAAAAAAAUCAAACCAUAUAGAAUUAUAAAAUACAAAUUCAUCUGCUCCACCCCACCCCUUAUUUUCUAGGGGUAACCACUGUUAAUGUUUUGAUAUAUGUCCUUCCAGAAACUUUGUGCAAAUAUACAAGUGUGUUUGUUUAUGUUCGUGUGUAUUAGUUUUAUACAAAUAGAAUAGUAGUCUUAAUGUCCUGUGACUAUUUUUCAUUUUAUUAUACAUUAGUAGAUGCCUUUCCAUAAGUGUUUAAAUAGAUUUACCUCAUUCUUUUGUAAAUUACUACAUAUUCCAUUGUGGGGCUAUACUUUGCUUAAUGAGUCCCUAUUGAAUGGACAUCGAGAUUGUUUUUACUUCUCUAUUACAAAGCAUCAGUGAAGAUCUUUUACAUAUAUUUUUAUCACUUUAUGUACACAUUUCCAUAACUUUUAAAAUUUGUUUUUUAUAAGAUAUUUGUAAUAAAAUUUUAACGCUUUUUCAGUGAAUGAGAUCACAGAGAUGCUAUAUUUGAGACCCUUUUCUUGGAGAAAAAGAAAGAUUAUGUAGGAGUUUUAUGUAGGAGUUUUUAAAGAAAAGCAUCUUUUGCAGGAUAAUUUCCCCCCCUGCUUGAUUAGCCAAAUAAAUAUGUGGCCAAAACGUAUAAAAGAAAGGACAUCUUAUUCCAAUUAAAAAAAUGCAAUGAGAUAUUUCUAAGAUAAUGUGAGAUGUCUACAAGAUGUCUGUCAGAGACUCUGAUAUUUGGAUUGCCUCACUUUAAAAUUUGAGGGAUUUAAAGCAUAUAGCUAAACUGAUAAUGUCUGUCACAUUUUUUUAAACACUAUCCAUGUUCAUGCAUGUUGCACCACAAAGGAACUUAAUUAUGCCAUUGUGAAAAAUAGGAAGCAUAUGCUGGAAAUUAUGAAUGACCACAAUUAUCUACAAAAAAUAAAUUUGACUAUUUGUAAGGUUUGGUAGUUUGUUGGAAUGCUCAUAAAUUUGGAAUCACAUGAAACAUUCAUUUUACAACAAAUCCCAGAAGUUCCCUAAGACCUAUAUGUGGAGCUAAGAAGAAGAGAGGGGUCAAACCUUUUGCUACAAGCAACAACCUGUUGCCACCACCUUGAUUUUCUGCUAGGUGCUAUUGAUCCUAAAGGUAGAACAGACAGGAAAACAAUCAAAGAUUAUUAAACACAAUCUGAUCACAACCUGUUCUCUUUCAUUGUGCUUGCUUGGUUGUGCCUGUCUGGAAAUUCCCUGUCCUGUGCCACCCAUCAUCUCUUGAGACCCAAGCCCCCAGCUGAGCCUUUAGCAUUCAAUCCUACCACCCAAAUGACCCCUGGGUCCCCUAAAAUACCAUCAGACCCCUGUCAUCUCGUCCAGUCCCUGGUGACUCUCCCCAACCUGGUUUUUCUCCACUCCUCUGAUAACUCUAAUUAGCUACUCUUCACUGCAAAAGAGGAGCAGGAGUGGGACAGGUGAAAAGCUCACUCUGGCAUAGGCAAAGCACCAGUAGUCCUUCCUGAGCUUGGUCAAAUUCAAGUACAUCUGCCAAGACGUUGAUCCAUCUUCUCCCUUGUUAAACAUUGCAGUUGUUUGUAACAUUAGACUUUAGGCUGCCUGUUAAAUUUACCAUUAUAGAAAAAGCUAGUGGCCUAAAUGAGAUUAAUUGGUAUGCUUCUUUUAGUAUGAAUUCUUUUUUUAAAUCAUGCCAAAAGCCAUUUUAUUUUUCAAUUUUAGGAGCAAACUGCACAUUUGCCUUAAUGUGAGUCUUCACCUUGGAUUAUGUGCUUAUCUUUUCAUAUCUAUAGUUGAAAUCUAUCCCAGUUAUUGAAAGUAAUUUUUCUUGUGGUCAGCUUUAUUGUUUUGUGUUAGUGUCUAUUAUAAAUAGAGCCUUAAAGUUAAAUAAUGCACUUUAAAAUACUUGUGCCAUUUAAGUAAUUCAACAGAAUUAAAGAAGAGGUUACAUAUAUUUUGAUGGAGACAAUAGAAUAACAGUAUUAGUAAAUAUAUGUCACCUCUAAAUUUGGGGUGGGGGGAGGAGAGGGUAGAAAUCAGAGCUGAAAAUUUAAAGCAAGUAAAACAUACCCGAAAAAAAUGUAGCUGAGUUUCCGAAAAUUAUAGUAAUUCUGAAAAUUGAUAUCAGGAGCUCAAACGUAACAAGUAAUUAAUAAAUGUUACCUUAAUAACCUAGCUGGAAUGUUUGUUUAAAAUAUUAAGUUGAUUUCUACCGCAUUUUAACUGCAUUUUCAUUUUUCAUGAAACCUAUAAAAGGAAUUCCACUGGCUAGAAACAUAGUAAAUCAAAACUAUCACCAACAGCCAGUUUGAGCAUGAUUUUUUAACAUUUUUAUAAUUUAAUUAUGAUCUUCUUCCUCUGGAAAAUAAGUUGCAAAAUCCCAUUUUUAAUAUAUACAUCUACAAUUAUGUAAAAAAACUGAAAUAACUUUAGAGAAGCAUUAAUACAUGGUCUGAACAAAAUCAGAGUUCCAAAAAUUGGGGUGUCUUCAGGAUUGUGAAAUAUUACCUUUCAGUGCAAACCAAUGAUGCAAAUCUUUAAAGGAGAAGUGCAGUAGAGCUCAUUUAUAACUCUCGUUUUGAGGAUAGGGCUAAUACUCGUUUCACAGCCAACUGCUAUGUGGGACUGCUACCGUACAUCCCUGUUCUGAGAGUAGUACUUUAGCUGACUUUAUCCAAAUCCAAGAAGCAGAGAGUCACGUUGUGUGAGACUUGUAAUUAAUUGUCUGUUUGGGGCAUUAGCUGAAGCCAUCAUAUAUCACAUACUUUAGAUCCCCAUAUAUAAUGCCAAUUGUAGAAGCAUGUAAUUAUCUGUAUCAUGAACUAUAUUCUUUUUUUAACUAAAAAAGUGACUGUUUUGAGAAUAAUAAUAUGACUUACAAGGUAAAAAAUUAUUUUUUUAAAUACACAAAAUAUUGCCACUGCCUUUUUUUGGCCACUUUCUUUUGCCUUAUAAAAGAAAUCUCUUUAGGUAUAUUUAACUCCGCAUCACUUAGAUUAUACAGACUCAUUGGCAUAGAAAAUAUUUUGGUUUUCAAGUUUAUCCUGUUUAUCCAAGUUUAUCCCGUUCCUGUUUUCUUUAGAUUUCCUAGUUAUCUUGCUUUUUCCCUCUUCUGUCCCCUUCCCAUCUUGGCCAGCUGUGGAUUAAAUACCUUCUCACCAUUGACUUGUUGACUAAUGAAAUGAAAUUCAAAUACUGAAAGGACUCCAUAAUUUGGCUCUGGCAGUGAACAUCAUUUACCUUGGCUUACUUUGUAAAUUGAAAUGUGUGAGGAAUACCUGGAACCCUGCCCCUCCUCUUGAUAGGAAUUGGAGAACCCUGCCCAGCCCCUCUGACAAGAAAUAAAAUGAACAAGAAGAUGUCAGUUGGAUCAGAGAGCCUAAUAAUACUCUGAGACCGAGCUUCAGGAAUUGCUUCAUGAAUAUUGUAAAGUCAGUGUUGUGUUUGCAUAUUAGUUGGACAGAAAGCACAUGUGGAUAUUCAUCCAACCUGAUCCCAAAUCAUUCAUGAUUCAUCCAAAAUUGCUGCAUGUCUGGUGUUCAAUCUUUGUGUCAGCAAAAAGUCCUACAGCUUGGACUUGGGGCUGGACUUAGGUAAUGUAGCAUUUGUAUAUAAGAUUUGACCAUGGAGUCAUACUCUGUGAACAUUAUUAGACAUUUUGAUAAUAUAAAGUAGUAACAUUGAAUGUAACUGACAUUAGCCUUAUUGUAGAGAAACCAUUUGUCAUUUGCAAAUGUUCAACAUUUUCAGUGAUACCAUUUAGGCAUAAGUAACACUCAAGAUAUAUGUAGCAUAGGUUUGGUGUAUGAUAUGGAACAACCUAAGGAAGUCAAACUUGGGUGUUAAAGGUCCCCAGAAAUUGCUGAAAUAAUGUCAUUGCAGGUUUUUCCUUACAGCUGAAAAACUGUACUGUUGGCCGUCAGUUUCAUGGGAGGGGUUCACCACAUGCCCCAGGUAGGGACAUAGUCUCAAUAAUCCAGUCAAAUUCUCAAAAAUAAUAUUUUUUCAUUAACAUAUUCCUUCCUCUAUGUCCAAAUAUACUUUUGCUGAUUCUUUCAAGUAAACAUUAGCUAAAUAUUUUAUAUAUUUGAAUAUUUUUAGUUUACAGAAAAUUAGCAUGCUUUAGAAAGAAAAUUCUAGAUAAAGCAUCAUGAGUUUUUAUCAGCUGACUACAAACCCCAUCCCUAAGGCCUUUUUUUUUAACUCCCAUAUGACAAUACCUUAAUUUUGUUAUUUUUGAUCAUUUUCAUCAUAAUUAAAGUUCUGUAUUUGGCAUUGAAAAGAGUAGACCAACCUUAUGUUUCUUAUGACACCUAGAAGAGUAAUUGGUUUAUAGAUAUACAUUACCAUUUACCUUGACAAGAACAACUUCUUACAGAUUUUUAUGUAAAAAUUAAUUGAUAAUCUUAUUGUUUAUUUGAAGUCAAUUAUAAAUGAGUAGUAAAUUCUGAGAGAUCAAAGAAAUAAUUUUGUGUAGAAGGAACACAAAAACAGUGUAAUUAAAAUGUUAACACUUAUAAAGAAACCACAAUGGUUAGUUGUUUUGUUUUUAUUUUAAACAAAAUUUGGCAUAAGAUAUAUUCAUGAAACAAAUAUAUCUAUAUGUAUGUAUACCUAUUGCAAAACUGUGGGACAAUUAAAUGAUUCACGUUCUCUUUUUUUUACAGAGUGUAAAAUGCUAAAAAGAAAGACAUUUGAGUGUUUAAUCUGUUAUUGCUGUAUAUUCAGAAAUUUUUUGUUUUCUGCAAAAUUUGUAACCAAUUUCCAAGUAAUAUAAAUUACAAUAUUUCUCAUGUUUAAAAUGAGCCUAGCUGAAAAGAGAUUUUCUUUUUUAAUGACAUUGGAAAAUAUGUACGUGAUUUUGUUUUUUAACUUUUUCUACAUUUCAUUGGCCAUACUAUUAACUUUGGUAUUCAUAAAACUAUGUGGAGGGAACUAUUUUGAAUAUAUUUUUAAAAAAGAGGCAGUAGAAAUAAAAUGAGAAAAUAGAUGAUAAUAUUAUGUAGAAAUCCCUGAAAGAAAAUUGGAAAGGAAGAAACAAAUUCCGUUGGGUUGAAAAUGUUGGAAAAUAGGGAGUAUUCAAAGACUUUAACUUCUUACAUUGUUAGAGUAAUCAACUUAUUUCCAAAUGAUUAUUUCAUGCUGUUGGUUCCAUGAAUUUUGCUUUUAGUAUAAUUUAUAAUUUCCCCUACCAUUUGAGUGUUUAAAUAGAUUAAUUACUGAAAAGAAAGGAAGGAAUUGAGGAAUAAAAGUCAGGGGAAACUGGGUUUAUUCCUAUUUUCCAAUAGCACUAAUGUAUACUUCUUUAACCUUCCAUAUGGUGCUUUGUGUGAUGAGAGUAUAUAACAUUUAUAUAUGUUAUUAGUGCCUUAUUUUUUUUUUUCACUUGACUUUAUUUCUUACCUAAAGAGCCAUACAUUUUUUGGGAGUGUUCCUUGGCCCCUAUAUUUAAAGUGCUGAUGAGACAGUGUAUCUUUAGAGGUAUAUAUAGGCUGCAUUUAACCCACUGUAUUAUCUCUGGAACAGCAGGUUAGCCAAUAUUUUUUUCUUAAAUUCAGUGUUUAUUUUUAAGCUAAAGAAUAAAAAGAAGGAUAUUAAACACCAUAAUUUGAAGCCAUUGUUAUUGAAAUGUACUUUUAAACUGCAAAAAAGAAUGCUGAUCUUCAAAAUUUGAAACGGAAGUUGGAAUGGCUGUCAGUCUUUUUCGCUCCAAUGAGGACAAAAUUACUUUACAAAAAGCAUUAAAAAUAAAAGUAAAUAUAUGGACCUUCAAGAAUUUGAUCUGUUUCCUACAACUCGUCUUUGGCAAUAUGUUAGUUGUAACCCACCUCCACACAGAUGCUGAGGAACCAUGGUGUUUGCUAUUUACAUGUAAUUAUUUAUUCACAGUGGGCUUUAUCGAUACCAAGAUAUUUUGUACAAUGUUAUUUUGCUCUACUUGGUCUUUGCCUUUUGUGUUAGCUUUAUAUAAAAAGCUGGGUUUGUUGUAUUGUUUAUGUACCAUAGUAUAUAAUUCAACUUUUCCUGAUGAAUGUAUGAUGAAUAAUUAAAAUAAAUCAUGUGCUUAGAAAAGACAAAGACACAGGUUGUAUAUGAAAAUAUGUGUACAUAUUUGACAAAGAAAAAAAGAGGAAAAGAAUCUUCCUGCCAACAGAUGUGUCCUGCUGGACAGGACCUGGAAAUUAACAGAUUUUUUUUUUAAGCAGUAAAAUUUAAAAAUCUAUUACCUCAAGAAUUGUCCGUGGAUACGUGUUGGUGUACUGCUUGUUGUUAGCAAAUACAAUCUCCCUUGCUGCUGGCAGUAAAAACAACCCAAGUGUCAGAUCACACAAAUUUUAGGGGCAAAUCUUUCAAAAGAUGGAUACCUUACGAUAUUCGGGAGUCUAAUUCUGGACUUUCGGUAUGUCCCUAUGGCCUUUUGUUGUGAUUGGGCUUUUUCUUUUUUUUUAAUGUUUUUGGUUGGUUGUUUUAGAAUGGAAGGGUAAUCUUAAUUGUGAGAUCAGAUCCCGUGGAAGGAUAUAAUGACACUCUACUCGGAUGAAAACUGUAAUGGGAAUCAACUAUUUUUAUUGUCACUGUAUGAGCUAUUGUAUGGAUUCCUGUGGAGUGCUGUUUACUCGCGUGAUGCGUGUGAUACAUCAUGCAACGUCAUCUAGCAAUGCCUAAUAAAAGUUUUUAAAAGAGAA